AUGGGUCAUGUCGCUGAAGCAGUGGAUCGACGACCCCAACGAGGCCUCCAGGGCGCCGAAGGCCCUCCACGCGAGCCUGAGCGACGCUGCGGCGGUUGCAGAGGCGGCUGCGGCCGCGGCGUCGCCGAAGAAGAGGUCGGAGGGGGGGGGUUACGCGGCGGCGGGAGGGGCGUCGCCGAUCCCGCCGAGCAAGAUCCCGCGCCCGGGGUCGGCGCCCGGGCCGCGGACGUACGCGCACGAGCCCGCCGCGGCCGCCGCGCCGGCGCUGCCGCCCGUGCAGGAGGCGCCGACCGCCCGGCGGGCGCGGACCGCGGAGCAGGCGACGCGGCGGUGCCGGCGCCGGAGCCGAGCCCGGAGCCCGUUCUGCCGAGCAAGCCGCGGCCGCGCUCCGCUGCGUUGAGCCACCUCCGCGCGAGCGCCUCGGCGCGGCGGGGCCUGGUGCACGGCAACAGCGCGGGCAGCGCGCAUCAGGCCGCGCCGCACCACAGCGUCUCCGGCGCGCUCCCGACGCAGACCCCCGAGGCGCAGCCGCGGCCCCUGUCGCCGCGCAAGUCCCAGAUCGAGCACGAGACGCUCCUGGACGCUAUGUCAGACAUGGCGAUCGACGAGCUCGUCCGCGAGGUCAAGGGCCUCGUCAGGGAGCUGUCCGAGGCGCCCCCGAGCGCGGAGCGCACGGACGACGCGGCGCACGGCGCGCGGAAGCACCGCACGCGGCUCGUGGAGCGCCUGGAGCGCGGGAGGGGUCUGUUGCAGGAGGAGAAGGCGAGGCGCGAGGGCGACCGGAAGGCGCCGGGGCCGGGCGCGCCGUCGCCGUCGGCGGACGCGGCGCCGGCGGAGGGGGCGGACGCGGCGCCGGCGGGAGGGGCGGACGCGGCGCCGGCGGAGGGGCGGCCGCGCUGA